AUGCCGCCCUCGACGCUGCAGGACGACCCUCUCCCAGCCCUCAAGCGGCGCGUCGACGCGCUCUUCACCAGCGCGGCCGGCCGGGUCGGCCCGAGCCGCGACGACCUCGCUCAAUUUGUCGACCGGCUCCACGCCUGCGCCACGGCGCUGCUGCGCGAGCGCUUCCCGGCCGAGCCGGGCGGCGCGCCCAAGCGGCCGUGCGUGCAGCCUCGCGAGUCCGUGGUCUGCUCCGGCUCGUGGGAGUCGCGCCGCGCCUCGGUGCAGCAGCUCGAGGCGGAGCUGGGCGAGGGAGGCGUGUACGAGACGGUCACCGUCCGGCUCUCGACGCAGGAGGAGGAGGAGGGCGGCGCGGCGUCGGCCGCACCGCCCGCGCCGCUGGUCGUCCGCCAGUUCCGCGAGUACUUUUUCUCGUCCGGCUGCCGCAUCUGGGACGCGAGCGUCGCGCUCGCGCGGCAGCUGCAGCGCGAGGGCGCCGCGGGCGGGCUGGCCGGGCUCGCGGUGGUGGAGCUGGGGAGCGGCGUCGGGCUGCCGGGCCUCGCCGCCGCCCGGUUCGCGGCGCGCGUCCUCCUGACCGACGCCGAGGACGCGCUGCUGCCCAACCUGCGCGCAAACGCGGCGGCCGUGGGCGCGGCCGGCACGGUGGAGGUGGCGCAGCUCAACUGGAGCACGGCGCCGCGGGAGCUGCGCGAGAGGCACGGCGGCGCCUUCGACCUCCUGCUCGCCUCCGACCUCGUCUACUCGUCCGGCUGCGUGGAGGGCCUGCUCGGCACGGCGGCCGCCCUCCUCCGCCCGGGCGGCCGGCUGCGGAUGUGCUACCCGCACGGCCGGCACGGGCAGCAGGCCUUUCUCGAGGCGCUGGAGGGCGCCGGUUGGGCGUUUGCGCCGCCCGCCAGGCUGCCGCCGGCCCUGCUCGAGGGGUGCGCCCACCAGGGCUCCGAGGAGGAGGCGAGGGCGCACGCCUUCUACCUCCUCGACGCGACCCGGCUUCCCGGCGCGGACGUCGCCGAGGGGGAACACGUCGAGGCGAAGGUGGCCCUGUACCGCAACGGCUUCACCGUCAACAGCGGGCCGCUCCGCGCGCUCGACGACCCGGCGAACGCGAGCUUCCUCCAGGACAUGGCACGGGGCGCCGCCCCUCGCGAGCUGGGCCCCAGGGGGCAGGUGAGCGUCGAGAUGGUCGACAAGCGGGGCGAAGACUACGACGAGCCCGGCCACCCCUCUGGCUCCGCUCAGAGGUGA